GUUGGGGGCCAAGUCCAGUGGCUUGGGAGGGAGCUAAGCCUGGGCGGAGGGGACCUGGACCUGGAGAUGGACACCGGGGGUGGGGGGGAGGGCCUGGCUUGGGGCCGGGGUCGUGGGGGGGGGGGGCGCUCUGCAUGUCGUGGGCAGUGGGCAGUGGGCAGGAGAGUGAGGGGUGACGAGCGUCGUGCAGGGUCCUUUUAGCAAUGGGGUUGUGUGUACAGUGUUCCAUCACUCUCCUUUGUCUCCUUUCCUUUCUCUGCACCCCACCUUCUGCAGCCUUCCCUCGGGGACACAUUCCGAGGGGUGGGGUAGGGGCGGAGCAUGCAAACCUGCCCCUUGCCCCACACCCGGAUCCCCUGGUGGUGUACUUACUGCCCCAAGUGACUAUAGGUCACCUCCCCCUCCCACUCCCUUUCCACUUUCCCAGUUUGGCUGACUUGGAUUCAGUGUCUUCCUGGACCAACUGAAGGGAUAUUCAGGCUAGCCUCACCCCAAACUCUAUUUUGUGUAUGGAUACCCUGCCCCUUUUUUGGUGAUCAUCCUAAUCCUGCUUGGGAUUUGCUUGUGAAUGCAGAGAGCAGGAUGGCUUCCGAGUUAAGCAGUGAUACAGCUUCUGCUCUUGCUUCUCAAGAAUCUGCUUCUGCUUCUGCCUCCUGUGGUUCUAACACAGAGGAAGGUCUCCCUGAUGGUCUCAGCCCAAGAGAUACAACUGUGCAGGAAAACAAGAGCUUACCUGUGUCAAUAGGAUCUAAUGACCAAGUGACAGCCAAGAAGAAUAGCAGAGAUGUUAGUUUGGAACAUACAAAAAUCAGUCCUGGUUCUUCAGCAGAUGACAUGACACCAACCACAGAGGACUGUGCAGCUUCAGGAGGUGACUUGGGAUCCACAACUCCUAAUCUUCCUGGAAAUGGUACCAUAGAAAUUCAGACUUUAUCCUCUGGUCCUGAAGCUUGUCAAUCUGAUUUGGAGAAUCUGACCAAUGUAGCAAGAGGAAAGGAACACAGGCACCUGAAACCAUCUCCUCCAUCUCUAGAGGCAAAGUAUCAUGUGAACCAUCAAACUACCUCCAGGAAUUGUUCAGAAGAGGAAUUACAAGCUUCUGCCCCACUGGAAGGUAGCGAAGAUACAGGCCUGGAUUACCGACCUCCACCAAAUGGGGAGAAUGGGGUUUCAGGAGACAGAGCUGGUCAGGAUGUGGAUCAGGAUGGCUCAUCCUUGAAGCUCUCUCAGAACAUUGCUGUGCAGACUGACUUCAAGACUGCUGAUUUGGAGGUGAAUACAGAUCAGGAUAUUGAAAAAAAUUUGGAUAAAAUGAUGACAGAAAGGACCCUGUUGAAGGAGCGGUAUCAGGAAGUAUUGGACAAGCAGAGGCAGGUGGAGAAUCAACUUCAGGUGCAGCUAAAGCAAUUACAGCAGAGGAGAGAAGAAGAGAUGAAGAGUCAUCAGGAGAUAUUAAAGGCCAUCCAAGAUGUGACCAUCAAACGACAAGAAACAAAGAAAAAAAUAGAGAAGGAAAAGAAGGAGUUUCUUCAGAAGGAGCAGGACCUGAAAGCUGAAAUUGAGAAGCUCUGUGAGAAGAACAGAAGGUUACUGGAAAAUCAGGAGGAGAAGGAGAAUAAAAUUGUUUCUCUAAUCGCAGAACAGGCUGAGGAAAAGGAGCUAUGGGAGAUGGAGCUGGACAAACUUAAGAGUCAGGAUGGUGAGAUCAACCGGAACAUUAUGGAGGAAACUGAACGAGCUUGGAAAGCUGAGAUCUUAUCACUAGAAAGCCGGAAAGAACUGCUGGUUUUAAAGCUGGAAGAAGCAGAAAAGGAGGCAGAACUGCACCUGACCUACAUCAAAUCAACACCUCCAACAAUGGAAACCAUCCGUUCCAAGCAGGAAUGGGAGACAAGACUGAAUGGAGUUCGGAUGAUGAAGGAGAAUGUCCGGGACCAAUUUAAUAACCAUAUCCAACUGGUGAGGAAUGGGGCAAAGUUGAGUAGUCUUCCACAGAUUCCUACCCCUACUCUACCCCCACCCCCUUCAGAGACAGACUUCAUGCUUCAGGUGUUUUCACCCAAUCCUUCCCUGUCUCCUCGGAUUCCUUUCUCCAUUGGGCAAGUUACCAUGCCCAUGGUCAUGCCCAGUGCAGACCCUCGUGCCCUCUCCUUCCCAAUGUUGAACCCUGCUAUCUCAAGGCCCAACCAGCCCUCCCCCCCUCUACCUGUUACCCAUGGAAGAAAUAGCCCUGGCCUAGCUUCUCUUGUUGGCCCCCAUGGUCCGCAUGUGUCCCCUGCUGCCUCCCUACCACCUCCACCAGGCUUGGGUGGUGUUAAGGCCCCCACUGAAUCUCACCGACCUCAACCAGUGGACAAACUAGAAAAGAUCCUAGAGAAGCUGCUGGCUCGGUUUCCACAGUGCAACAAGGCACAGAUGACUAACAUCCUUCAGCAGAUCAAGACAGCACGAACCACCAUGGCAGGACUGACAAUGGAAGAACUCAUCCAGCUUGUGGCUGCACGAUUAGCAGAGCAGGAGCGCUUGGCAGCGAGUGCUCAGCCCCUUGGUCGGAUCCGAGCUCCCUUGUUCCCUGCUCCCAUGGCCCAAAUAAACACUCCCAUGUUCCUGCCCUCUGCUCAGGUGUCCUAUCCUGGAAGGCCUUCACAUGCUCCAUCUACCUGCAAGCUGUGUCUAAUGUGCCAGAAGCUUGUUCAGCCCAGUGAGCUCCACCCCAUGGCCUGUGCCCAUGUGUUGCACAAGGAGUUUACAGAAGAAGCUAACACCCAAGAGAGGAUAAACACAAAACCGCGUUUACACAUGCAUCAAAAUUGAGAUGAGAACGCGUAAGUCUCAACUACGGUUCCCCCACCCUGGCUGGAUGUGUGACCCUGUCUCCUAUUUUGAGAAAGGUCUUUAUUUGGCCUGAUUACAGACACCCAGGAAGAGCAGCUCGCACGAGAAACUGGAAUCUAGAGAGAAGACAAAUAUGGAUAGAGUGAGGUAGGGGUUUAGAAUGGAGGACCCUAAUGGCUGAUUUCCAGAUCUUCUACUCCC